AUGUCACAAUUAAUUUUGUGUAGAACAUGUGGAGAAAAGAUUUACAAUCUCAAUGCUAAAAAUCUCUUUGGUCCGGAAGGUAAAACCCUUUUAAAUCAGCUACACAUGUUGACGGGCAUCUACUUAACCGAGGAACCAGACCUGCCAAAGCACAUUUGUGCUUGUUGCCAUUUAGAUUUGAACCAUUCAAUCAGCUUCCGAGAACGCUGUAUCCAAACAAACAAAUAUUUGCGAAAUGGAAAAGGAGCAACAAUAUCCGAUCCACUUACUACAGAAAUGGAGAAUACAGAGAUUGUAAUGAGUGAGCAGCAAGCAAAUCAUAUAGUAAGCGAACAUAAACGUAAGCAAAUGCAAAUUGCCGUUAGCUGCAAGCCAAGCAAAAAACAAAGUCCAAAGCAGAGACAAAUGCAACAGAUGAGCAACCGUUCAGUAGAGCAGCGCUCCAAUCAAAUUGAGCGCGUAAGUUCAAAAAAAAUUAAAACAAAUAUUAAAAAGAAAGGUAAAUCAAAUACCAAGACCUAUGUGUGCGAUCAAUGUGGCCGAUACUUCACCGAUGCCAGCAAUCUAAAAAUUCACAUUGUGCGACAUACGGGAAUAAAGUCAUUCGAGUGCCAGGAAUGUGGUGAAAAAUACUACACAGGACAUCUGCUAAAUUUGCAUAUUCGCGUCAAACACCAAGGUGAAAUGCCUUAUGCUUGCAAGCAUUGUGAGCAACGAUUUUAUACCAGCACCUCCCGUUCCCGACAUGAACAACUACAACAUAUGCGUGAUAGGGCCUAUGAGUGUCGCGUGUGUGGCAAAACAUAUCGCACUAGAUCCUGCUUGAAUAAACAUGAAUUUUUGCACACUGGUGAACGACCAUAUCGUUGCGAAGUUUGCAAUGUUGCAUUUCCUCGAAAUACAAAUUUAAAAUUACACUAUCGCUCAAAGCAACACCAAAAAAAAGCUGCUCAGGCUCAAGGCGAAGAUUUUGACGACUUGGAAGAGGAUAUUAUUGUGGAACAGGAAGACUUGGAAUUUGCAGAAUCAAUUAUUGAGGAAUUGGAUGAAUGAAGCGGACGAAAUCAAGUCGCUUAAAUUCAUAGUCGUUAGAAGUAAAUGGUACAAUUUGUAAUAGAACAUUUUUUGCGUUGUUUAAAUUAAA